AUGACGGCAAUUCUCAGAAAUUCUGGAAGUAACGUUAACGUUAAUCAUCACACCUCAUCACAGGAUUUCAGGUAGAGCUAGCUAACGUUAAUCACAUCAUCAGGCUGUCACUUGUCUGAACUAGCUAACUCUGGAAAGCUUGGCAGGCAAACCUUAUGGUUUAGGUUAACGUUAUGGUUUGCUAAGAGCCUACCCCCCCUCUCUCUCUCUUUCACUCCAUCACCCCCCCCCCCCCCCCCCUCCUCCCCUGUGUGUGUGUGCGUGUGCGUGCGUGCGCGCGCGCGCGUGUGUGUGUGUGUGUGUGAAAAUAUGCACACACAAAAAACAUUACAAUGAAUAAUUUUAGGUCCGAAUGGAUAUGUCAGCGCCCAUCAGCUUUGUUUUCAGUCCUGCUGUUGGGGAAAGGGAGGAGAGGGGGAUAUAUAUCCCUGGGUGUCUGGUGGUGGGGACUUUGGAGGGGGUGGCCUCAAAAAUAGAAAACAAGGGGACAGUGCUUAUGGUUACCCCUGGGGGGAGGACUUGCUUCACUGCCUUUCUAAUUUGUACUGGUAAUCGAAACGGGUGAACACAUCGUUCACACAUCGAACACUUCUUCCUAGAGUGGACAAGUUAGAGUAAAGAACAGCUUUUUUCCUCGUCAAUCAGAGCUUAUGUCAGCUAGGUUGUGGCUCAGUGCACUGGACCUGCUUGUCUCUAGUCUUCUCAUUGUGUUUAUUUGGAGUUCACCUAGCGACAUUGUUGUUGUUGAGUAAAGGGACAUUUACAUCAGAAGGAAUCAUUAUUUUGUGCUAAGCUAAAUUGAGGGGUAUUAUUUUUGGCACAGUUACAUGGAUGUUUCCCUCCAAAAGGUUGGUGUUUUUUCUGAUUUUAUGUGAAGUUACUUUUCAAGCAAUCAUGUUCAGAGAUUGUUUGCAGUCAAAUUGUCAUUGAAUGAACUUCAGUCACUUUUAUCAUGCUGGAUAUUCUGUUCCCACAUUAAUAUAACUUUAUUGUAAUGUUCUCACUGUAGUCUAAUUUCUUAUGUUUACUAACUAGUUUCUUAACUUAAAGCCUAUGGCCCAUUGAUUGAAAACCAGAUCAGCUCUUUAGUCAUUAGCCUUCUUUCAAUGGAGUUAAUUCAACACAUUGACCAAACCCUGACUGUCAAAUGAACCACAAUCAAACUUUAAUGGCCUGCUACAGUUUAUAGACCGGGUUUUCACAUUAUAGUACUUAUAGUUAUUAACCAUUCCCUUUUUGGCUUGUUGGUAUGAAACCGCCCACACAGGGUCUCCAAGCAACACUUUUAUCAAGUGACUAAAAAUAAAUCUGCCUUUUGAUAACAGUGUGUGUGGGUGGAGCUCAAAGGUUAUGUAAAAAAAAACUGUAAGGCCAGACUGAUGUCAUUUUUAUGCACAAAAAAAAUGCAUUACAGUCAUGCAUGUUAUUGUAAUGUCUGUUUAGCAGAGUCAACAGCAUUAAGCCUGCCUGCCAGGCUAUUGCUCCCCUCAGGGAGUCCCCUUUACUAGAGAGCGGUUAGUUGUAGUGCAUAGGGUCUGGUGGUGACAGAGAAGCAGAUGGCUCUCCUUUAACUCUCUUGUCAAUUAGCUGUCACUCAACCAGAUUAAUGCAGGCUUUGGUCAUCAUGGGGAUGGGGGUGGAGUGGGUUGGGACAAUCAGGGAACAGCCCUCUGGAAACAAUAGAGCCACGUGCCACUGGGCUGGGGACUGUUGUUCGGGACACAAAAACUAAUCAUUAUUCAAUGGCCAGACCAACUGUUGCAGACAAUUUGCACACAGUGUACCCGACCCUAUGUGCACAGUGUCCCUGACCCUACUACACAUUUUCAAUACUGUGGGUGUGCCCCUGUGUAUUGUGAUUCAGCCAAUGGAGCAUUAGGAGCAGUGGUCACCUGAUGUUACAUCACCUUGUUUUUCAGUGUCUGGAAAUGUCCUUUAUGCAAAUUAGGUCAGAAAAGUAUACUGAACAAAAAUAUAAACGCAACAUGUAAAGUGUUGGUCCAAUGUUUCAUGAGCUGAAAGAAAAGAUCCCAGAAAUGUGCCAUAGGCACAAAAAGCUGAUUUAGCUCAAAUUCUGUACACAAAUUUGUUUACAUCCCUGUUAGUGAGCAUUUUUCCUUUGCCAAGAUAAUCCAUCCACCUGACAGGUGUGGCAUAUUAAGAAGCUGAUUAAACAGCAUGAUCAUUACACAGGUGCACCUUGUGCUGGGGACAAUAAAAGGCCACUCUAAAAUGUGCAGUUUUGUCACACAACACAAUGCCACAGAUGUCUCAAGUUUUUAGGGAGUGUGCAAUUGGCAUGCUGACUGCAGGAAUGUCCACCAGAGCUGUUGCCAGAAAAUUUAAUGUACAUUUCUCUACCAUAAUUUGCCUCCAACGUCAUUUUAGAGAAUUUGGCAGUACGUCCAGCCGACCUCACAACCGCAGACCACGUGUAUUGCGUUGUGUGGGUGAGCAGUUUACUGAUGUCAACAUUGUGAACAGAGUGCCCCAUGGUGGCGGUGGGGUUAUGGUAUGGGCAGGCAUAAUGAACAGAGAUAUCGUGACGAGAUUGUCGUGCCAUUAAUCCGCUGCCAUCACCUCAUGUUUUAGCAUGAUAAUGCAUGGCCCCAUGUCGCAAGGAUCUGUAAACGAUUGCUGGAAGCUUGAAAAUGUCCCAGUUCUUCCAUGUCCUGCAUACUCACCAGACGUCACCCAUUGAGCAUGUUUGGGAUGCUCUGGAUCGACGUGUACGACAGUGUGUUCCAGUUCCCACCAACAUUUAGCAACUUCACAGCCAUUGAAGUGGGACAACAUUCCAAAGGCCACAAUCAACAGCCUAAUCAACUCUAUGUGAAGGAGAGGUGUCCCUCUGCAUGAGGCAAAUGGUGGUCUUUCCCAGAUACUGAAUGGUUUUCUGAUCCACGCCCCACAUUUUUUUUAAGGUAUCUGUGACCAACAGAUGCAUAUCUGUAUUCCCAGUCACGUGAAAUCCAUAGAUUAGGGCCUAAUGAAUGUAUUUCAAUUGACUAAUUUCCUUAUAUGUACUGUAACGCAGUAAAAUCUUACAAAUUGUUGCAUGUUUCGUUUAUAUUUUUGUUCAGUGUAUUUUACAUUUCAACUCAAUGCAAGCAGAAAAAGAAGAGUUGCUAAAGUUUCAGUGACCUCUUGUCUUGAUAAGCUGAGGGCAGUGGUAAUAUACAUUAUAAGGAAUAUGUUUAUCCCGUAAGUCCCUUACAGUAGAUAUAAUCAGCUCCUUGUGUGUGUAUCUGUCAGGCUGCUGACCACUGAGCCGUCCCAGCAGAGUGAGGAGCUGGGGGACCUGCAGUCUCUGUCCUGGCUAACCACCGUGGAUGUACCCAGGCUGCAGCAGAUGGCCACAGGCAGACUGGCCUUCAACAACACAGGGCCCCAAAGCAGCAUACUGGAACUACACACAGGUGAGACACAAUACACACUCACACACACAUACACACACACACAAACAAACCAAAAAACAAUCUGGCCUGAAACAUAAACUCUUUUUUUCAGACCAGCAAAGCAACAUGAGUACAGCACUAGGACAUAAUACCAUGGCCCCUCCACAUAGCAACAUGCAAAACACUUAUAUUGGAAUGAACUACCUCAACAAUCAAAAUGGAAAUGUAAGUAUAUUUUGAGGUCUUACUGUUGUAGUUAUUUUUUAAUCAACACUGUUCUUCCCCUCCUACUGUGUGUCUUUGUGUUUCAGAUGGCAGGAUUCCCAGGAAGUGGUGUGCCUGCCUCAGGAUACCAGUCCUCCCCGGUCCACUGCUUCCAUUCCCCCCAGCAGGCCUACAGCCCAGCUCAGGCUGUGCAACAGGUAACACAUCCACCGACUGUUUCAGAAGUGUUUCUGAACUCUUAUGAACGUAAGACUUUAUAACAGAGAGAUGCAGAGUAUUUCUAUCACUUGUAAUUCAUUCAAAGACAGCCUUAUAUGUGGCUUGGUUUGCUUUUUCCCAGCAUUCCCCCAGCAGCCUGUACAACAGCACCUCCUACCAUAACCAUAACCUGUAUGAUCAGCAAGCAGCAGUCAUGAGCAUCACCAACCCCCACAGCAACCAGGAUCUGCUACAACAACUCAAGGCCUUUCCUAAACCUAUCUACUCCUACAGGUAGGGCACACUAACGCAUUCAAUUCUCCAUUUUCCAUUGACAUUUCAUCUGUACAGUUUUAACACAUUUUGUAAAGCAGACUAGUGGUCAGAACAAUUGGAACUGAGCAAAAAUGAAAAUGCAUGAUAUUUUGACGGUUUUCGCCAGCUGCCUGAUUGCUAUGGCUCUGAAGAACAGCCGGACAGGCAGCCUUCCUGUCAGUGAGAUCUACGGCUUCAUGAAGGAGCACUUCCCUUACUUCAAGGUGAGGAGCAGGGAGAUGCUGCUUUACACACAUGAGAUUCUCAGGGCUCGUGGAAGUUUGGGAACAUCAGCAACAUUGUAUAUGAUCAGUAUAAUGUUUUUUACUGAUGUAUGGUUCUCCACCCUACAGACGGCACCUGACGGCUGGAAGAACUCUGUGAGACACAACCUGUCUCUGAACAAGUGCUUUGAGAAGGUGGAGAACAAGCAGGGAGGCUCCUCCUCCUCCACUCGUAAGGGCUGUCUAUGGGCCCUCAACCCAGCCAAGAUCAACAAGAUGGAGGAGGAGAUGCAGAAGUGGAAACGCAAGGACCUGACUGCCAUCCGCCGCAGCAUGGCCAACCCUGGUGAGACCUGGCAGGGGAGGAUGGGAGAGGAAACAAGACAAGAAUUGCGACAUUCUGAUUCAUUAUAUAAUAUUGCUUGGUGAGUAUUUAUAGCUAAUGCUCUUGUCUUGGCUCUCAGAUGAGCUGGAUAGGCUGAUCACAGACCGACCGGACGGCUGCCGGAGAAAGCCCUGUGACCCUAGGAUGACAUGUGUCCCUUCCAGCCCCUGUGGUCCCCCGCUGUCCCUCCCCUUCCACCACCAGGCCCAGAAUCACACCCUCCUAGGAGAACCCAGCUCCCCUGUACCCGCCCGGACCCCUCCCCUCCAUGCUGUCCCAGACUACUCCCACAGCCCCUUCCCCCAGCAGCAGCCCUACAGACAUCCCCACAGCCACAGCUUGUACAGCCUCCACCCAGACGUCACAGCCGAGGUGGACGCUCUGGACCCCAGUAUCAUGGAGUUUGCCGGUAGGUUCUGAUGAGGAUAGGAGGGAUGUUACCAUAUGUUUAAAAUGAAAAUGACAUAUUUGUCUUCACCAUAACUGUUUGUUUUAACCUAUGGUGAUUUGGUUAAUGAUCUGUUUUAACCUGUGAUAACGUGUUUGUUUCUGUCUUUCAGGGAGCCUAUGGGAGGAGAUGAGGGAGGAAAGCUUCAGCCUGGAGACUCUGGGUACCUUUAACCACUCUCCUCUGUGCCUGUCUGACUGUGGGCUGACUGGCCCCAGCACUGGACAGCCCCUGGUGGACCUGUACACCAGCCACACCACCCCAGCUGUUCCCUCCCAGUACAUCACCACCACAGAGGCCGGGGGCCAGGCCAUCGCCCAGCUCUGA